AUGUAUGCAGACUGGAUUCGUAGAAAACUGCGCUCCCAUGAUACUGAACCACCCUGCCUGACCAAUGGUCACACUCGUUUCUUAGCGCUGCUGGCUCGUGCAGACAUCCCGCAGCAGCAGCAGCAGCAGCAGCAGCAGCAGCAGCUGCUGCUGCAGCACCAGGACCCAGACCACCACCAGCACCACUACCAGCACCAGCAGCAGCAGCACCAGCAGCAGCAGCAGCAGGAGGAGGAGGAGGAGGAGAAGGGAGAAGAAAGAGAGAUGCUGCAGCAGCUGCAGCAGCAGCAGCAGCAGCAGCAGCAGCAGCAGCAAGUUGCUGCUGCUGGGCUGGAAAUUUACUUAGAAGAGUUUUAUGAUUUUUUGCUGCUGCAUUUUGGUCAUUGGGUUGUUGUUUACGAUCCCGAGGUUUCUCCUUUUCUAGCUUUAUGUAGAUACCAUGCUCCUGCUGCUGCUGCUGCUGCUGCUGCUGCUGCUGCUGCUGCUGCUGCUGCUGCUGGUGGCGGUGGGGGUGGGGGUUUUGGGGGUGGUAGUUGUGCUGCUGCAGCAGGCGGGGGAGGGGCAGGAGCUGAUGCUGCUGCUGCUGCUGCUGCUGCUGCUGAUGCUGCUGCUGCUGCUGCAUUUGCAGAAGCUUCUGCUGCUGCUGCAGAUGCAGCAGAAGCAGCAGCAGCAACACCUGAAGCAGCAGCAGCAGCAGCAGCAGCAGCAGCAGCAAAAACCCCUAAACUGAUGCUGCCUCUGUCGAUGCAACCGAAGCAUUUAUGGCCCCCAGCAGCAAAGGUGCUGCAGUAUACACAAAAGGAGAAGAAGCUUGCUGCUGCUGCUGCUGCUGCUGCUGCUGCAGCAGCAGCAGCAGCAGCCACAGGCACACCUAUAAAAGACACAGCAGCAGCAGCAGCAGCAGCAACAGCAGCAGCAGAACUGCAAGUUGUGCUGCUGAUAGGAGCCGUGCAUAUCAUUGCAUGCUACAAAAGCCCAGACACAAAGCAGCAGCAGCAGCAGCAGCAGCAGCAGCAGCAAAAGGUGUUUGCUUCUGCUGCAGCAGAAACCAGCAGCAAACAGCAAGCUGCUGCUGCUGCUGUUGCUGAUAUUUGGGGGCUGCUGCGCUUCUUUGUGGGCCCCGCAAAAGACAGAUUCAAAACAGCAGCAGAACGCAUGCAGCAGCAGCAGCAGCAGCAGCAGCAGCAGCAGAUGCUGCUGCAGCAGCAGCAACAAUUGCAGCAGCAACAGAUGCAGCAGCAACUCCAGCAACAACAACAACAAAUGCAGCAGCAGCAACAGCAACAGCAACAGCAGCAAAGGAUACAACAACAACUGCAGCAGCAGCGCAUGCAGCAGCAGCAGCAGCAGCAGCAGCAACACUAUCAUGAUCAUAUACAGCAGCUACAUCAGCAGCAGCAGCAGAUGAUGCAGCAGCAGAUGCAGCAGCAGAUGCAGCAGCAGAUUCAGCAGCAGCAACUGCAGCAGCAGCGGCAUCAGCUGCAGCAGCAGCAGCAACAGCAACACCAACAGCAGCAGCAACACCAACAGCAGCUGCAACAGCAGCUACAGCAGCAACAACAACAGCUGCAGCAGCAGCAACAGCAGCAUCAAAUGUAA